AUGGUACUCAAUAUCACCUCCAUGCUUGAGCGCUUGCACAUGCAGAGUGUCUCCGACCAGCUCUUUCUCGAGGAAAGUCUUGGUGAUUAUGGUGACGCUGUUGACGAGGAAAAUGACACAGUAACGUAUAGUAAUCCUGUGAUUGACAACGUCAUCGAAGAAAGCGGAGCUGAGGGGUUUCGCACGCUAACCAACUUCAAUCCAAUGGAAUUUGAGAUUGUCUGGAGUGUCGUUGAAACCGAGCUUCAAGCGCGCUGGAACGAUAGCCGGGGCCGCAAAUCCAAGACGACGCCAAAGAAUGCGCUUUUUAUAACGCUUGUCAUCAUGAAGUACUACCAGACUUGGGAGAAGCAUGCACUGGACUUUGACAACAAGGCACCAACUCUGGAGAAAAUUGUCCUUCGCGUUGUCGAAGUUGUUUCGCCACUGAUCUACAACUACUUCGUCGUGAUGCCAACCAUGGAGCAGAUCCACGUCAGCGGUCACCCGUUCGCCAACUAUCCCUACGCCAAGUACGCGACCGAUGUCAAGUUUCAACCUUCGCAUCGACCGGCCGGCGGAUUCGGAGAGCAGAAACACUACUUCAGCGGGAAACACAAGCUCUACGGACUCAAGAUCGAAGCGUCUUUUUCCCCACAAGGCAAACUCGUGGAUAUGAGCAACCACGAACCUGGUUCAGUGUCGGAUCUCACUACGUUUCGCAAGCGCCAUGACACGCACGUGGCCAACCUGACCAAAACUCCCUCCGAAGCGACUAUCAAUGACAACGGUGAGCUUCAUCAAACCUCUCCGAACGUGUGGGCCGUACUGGUCGGCAAAAAUUACGUUGGUUUGACCGAGUCCGUUCGUGCCGUGCACCCCAAGAAGCGCCCAAUUCAUGGAGCCCUUGAUUGCCUUGACCCGGGGCGCAACGCCGCCGUGUCCGCUGACCGAGCCAUCGUCGAGAACUUUUCGGCCGGUACGUUUGUGUGGGGAACUAAGAUCUUUGAUGGAAUUCAACGACUCAACUUUGCUCUGACCAACUUCCACGUCGGUCUCAUGCCGCUCCGUGAAGACGACCGCCACCACUAUCGUUCCGUUCUGGCCCGAUAUGCCCGCAUGGCCGAAGAGAAGAUCACUUAG